AUGUAUACAGUUUGUUUUAGUUCAAGUGGACACGCCUCUUGCUUUGCAUUCCAGAAUCUGGUCGGUGUGAAAACGCAUUUGCACACGGCAUUUGGAGUAUUGUUCGCCACUAGCGAAUUGCGAGACAGUCGUGUGGUAUCCCGACCGUACACACUUCUCUCCGCUUGCCCUUACGGCUAUCUGGCGAGGCUUCGUGGUCAACCGCUGUCUCAAAUCGAGGAGAACCUAAAGAACGCACUCACACUGCUGCAUGCGUACGCGGAAAACGAUCGCGAUUUCUUGGACGUGGUCUCAUGCCAAGACCAUGCAGCCGUUCAUGGCAUGUCCAAUUGUCUACCACCCGUCGGGACCAAUCAGGCCAUUCACGCCCUAUUCCAGGCGAUCGAGGAUGAUCAGAUUUGCACAUUUCCAAUGCAAGUGACACAAAUCGCGGAAAAUUUGCGUCGUCUUUUCGGAGACGUUGUGCGUCUGCAGAACAAACUCUCCAGUCCGGAUAAACGGACCCGGAUCAGUCAAACAGCGUUGGAAGACUCAUUCUCUAUCAUUGAUCUGCUCCACUCGAUCGCCAAUCGUCAUCGGUCCUGUCCGGAAUUGCGCCUGUUCUGGUUGAUGCAGAUCACCGAGAAGCACUAUGAGCUAUCCCAGUUUGCUGAGGCUGCUCAAUGCCUGUGUCAUUGUGCAGCUAUUGUGGCCGAACAUUUGGUCAAUCGUGGUCUCAUUCCGGCUGGGGUUGCAGCUGUCGGUUGUGCUGAUAUUGCUGAGGCUGUGGGCAAUUGGAAUCUUUUGGAAGAGAGUUGUAUCUGCGGUCCAAACGGGCCCGGGGUGAACGGGAUCUGUUGUCCGUCUCCACUACUCCUACCCGACUUAUGCCCAUCUGUAUCUGGUCUGGACACCGCCUGGUAUUUCUCACCCGCUGGUUGGGCAGCUCUAAUCGCCUGGACCGCGAGUGCUUUUGCAAAGGCUGAUUCGCAUGAACUCGUUCCACGCAUCUAUUCUCGUCUGAUUCCGGUUUUGGAAACUUCGAACGAGUACACUCGACUGGCGGAAGUUCAUGGCCGUAUCAAAGAGGCAUACACGGCGCUCGAAAAAUUGCAACCCCUGGGCAUCGAUUACGGAGAACUGAUCCAUUUGGCGCACCGACUCUACAUAUAUCGUGCUUUUUCCCUAAUGUAA